AUUGGGCCUCGUUUGUUUGUCGUGGUCGUUGUCGGCAACGUCCAGCAAGAGGCCUUCCCUUUUCCUUCCCUUCUAAUUCUGAGAAGCCCGAUAACGCACGUCGUUCGAAAUCUUCGAUACGGCACGUUAACCCCCCAAAAAAGAAGAAAGAUGUCCACGUUCCAGAAGGAGGUUGUUAUUGACGGCAAGGGCCACUUGCUCGGUCGUUUGGCAUCGAUUGUUGCCAAACAGUUGCUCAACGGCCAGAAGAUUAUUAUUGUCCGUGCUGAGGAGAUCAACAUCAGCGGACCCUUCUUCCGCAACAAGUUGAAGUACAUGGCUUUCCUCCGUAAGCGUUGCGUUGUCAACCCUGCCCGAGGUGUCUUCCACUUCCGUGCUCCUUCCCGCAUCUUCUGGCGCACCGUUCGUGGUAUGGUCCCGCACAAGACCGCCCGUGGUGCUGCUGCCCUUGAGCGCUUGAAGGUCUUCGAGGGUGUCCCUCCCCCGUACGACAAGCAGAAGCGUUUGGUCGUCCCUGACGCCCUCCGUGUGCUCCGUCUCUCUCCCGGUCGCAAGUUCACCGUUCUCAAGCGCAUCUCCAGCGAAUUCGGCUGGAAAUACCAGGACGUCGUUGAGAAGCUGGAGCAGAAGCGCAAGACCAAGUCUCACGCUUACUACCUUCAGAAGAAGGCUCUUCUCCGUGUUCGGGCUCAGGCUGCCACAAACGCACAAAAGGACCUGACCGCUGUGAAGCAAACUCUCUCAACUCUCGGUCACUAAGCGCUGUUGCUGGGUGGGCUUUCUUGUUAAUGUUUGAAGUGUGAGAUACGGGAGGGAUGGUAGAAGGUCACAGAAGGAGGGGGGUCGUCGUGCGACAGGCCCAUCUCUGGACGGCGGGAAUUACUCAACAGUAGUUAACCUGUUAUAAUGUCCCGGAUGUAACAAUACAAUAUUGCCGCACAUAAGUCAUUAUUGGCCUACUCGAGUCUGAGGGAUCUUUACAUUUCAAUCAUGUCUAUAGAUAUCAAAUUGGCCACCAUAAACUGGGUUGGGUGCAAUGCAAAAAUGGAAUUUGGGUUGUAGAUGCGAAGCGGGGUUCCAAGUUUAUCAUUGAUUCGUACGUUUUGCUCGCCCUACAAGACGGAAACU